UGCCGCCGGGGUCGCGCGGCAGGGCGCCGAGGGCCGCGGGGCGCAGGCGCGCGUCCAGGGCCUCGCAGCCGCCAUGUCUCUGGUGGCGGAAGCGUUCGUCUCCCAGAUCGCAGCAUAUGCUGUUGUCUGCUUGAAGUGUCCACUUAAACAACUCCUGUUUCUUCUCAAGACUGAACAUCAUUUGAAUGUCUACGGAACCUUGGCCUGAAAAUGCGACCUUAUAUCAGCAACUGAGAGGGGAGCAGAUUUUGCUUUCUGACAAUGCAGCAUCUCUUGCUGUGCAGGCCUUUUUGCAGAUGUGUAAUCUGCCUGUCAAAGUGGUGUGUAGGGCAAAUGCAGAAUAUAUGUCUCCCUCUGGAAAAGUACCUUUUAUUCAUGUGGGAAAUCAAGUAGUGUCAGAACUUGGUCCUAUAGUCCAAUUCGUUAAAGCCAAGGGCCAUUCUCUUAGUGAUGGGUUGGAUGAAGUCCAAAAAGCAGAAAUGAAAGCUUACAUGGAAUUAGUCAACAAUAUGCUGUUGACUGCAGAGCUGUAUCUCCAGUGGUGUGAUGAAGCUACAGUAGGGGAGAUCACUCAUGCUAGGUAUGGAUCUCCGUACCCUUGGCCUUUGAACCACAUUUUGGCCUAUCAGAAGCAGUGGGAAGUCAAACGUAAGAUGAAAGCUAUCGGAUGGGGGAACAAGACUCUGGACCAGGUCUUAGAAGAUGUAGACCAGUGCUGUCAAGCCCUUUCUCAGAGACUGGGAACACAACCUUACUUCUUCAAUAAGCAACCUACUGAACUUGAUGCUCUGGUGUUUGGCCAUUUGUACACCAUUCUUACCACACAGUUGACCAGUGAUGAACUUUCUGAGAAGGUGAAACACUAUACCAACCUCCUUGCUUUCUGCAGAAGAAUUGAACAGCACUAUUUUGAAGAUCGGGGUAAAGGCAGGUUGUCUUAGAGUUGUAUGUCAGUUAUUAUUUAAAAAAAAAAUCUAACUUUUGAAAUAUGUAUUACUUGAACAAUAUAAUAAUAGAUAAUAGUUUCAGAAUUUCAAAACCAAAAACACUGUUUUUUGAAACCUCAAAAAAUUGCAUAAUGUCAUAUACGUGUUCUUUGUACUGUUAUUUGUGUCCACCUUGUUUUGAAUUAUUUGAUUUGUUACAUUGUAUUCUAUAUCUUGACAUUUUAUUUCUUUAUGAUCAUAUACAAAUAAACCUUAAGCAACUGUGGUCGUUUCA